UGCGCUCGCGCGGUUCGUCUCAGUACAGUUUUAAAAGGCCACCACGGAACGCGGCAACCGUCAACCGCGUCCGCUGAAUCCGCGCGAAAAUGAAAUCGAGUUUCUAAAUUCGAACGUUCGAUUUUUUUUAGCAAUAAAAACUCUUUGCUGUCAAAACAUCUUUCGAUUCGUAUUUAAUUUUUUUACUUUUACAACUUUUUACUAAAGAUAGCGUGAUAAAAAUGCAAUUCUUCAGCCUCAGUUACGUGUUUAGUGUAGUUUUGAUAUCGAUAGUUUUAUUAGCCCGUGCUCAAAGGCCUAACAAUCAACGUGACCUCGGACCGAGAGAAUUGGCGAGACAGAACCAAAUCACGACACAAAUAUUAGAAGCUUAUAUCCAGAAGAAAUUGGGCUUAGCGAGGAACACCAAUCCUUUACUACGACCACCGUCUAUCUUUGAUAUAAUACCAGCGAAGAAACCUCGUGAGGAAAGACCAACGAGGCAACUAUCUAUUCAUGAAGAAAAGGAAGAAGACCCACCAGAAAUCGAGGAAGAUGAUGAAGGGGAAACUGAACCUGCAGCGGUGGAGGAUGAAGGACUGCAAAGCGUGGAGAGUGAACAGAUCGACUCAAUUUACUCUGAAGGUAGGAGUAAAAAAUACACAAGCCCACCUUUUGAAACGGAUUUGGAUACAAAUGAUUAUAAAUGCUCGAGUUGCAAUGAGGAAGAACUAGGCGUGACAAGAUGGACCAUGCCAUUGUUGAAGAGUGGUGAAAAGCGGUACUAUCUAGGAAUAUUCUUUAAGGCGAACUGGUUCAAAGCGCAGCAGUACUGCCGCUUCCACGGGAUGCAUCUCGCCUCCAUCUCAUCACAAGAAGAAAACGACAGGCUAGAGAAAUACGUAAAAGACUCGGGGUACGGACGUGAACACUUCUGGACAUCAGGCACUGACUUGGCCGAAGAGGGGAACUUCUUUUGGAUGGCUAAUGGAAGACCACUUACCUUUGUUAACUGGAAUGCUGGCGAGCCCAACAACUUCAGAUACGAGAACGGUGAAGAAGAGAAUUGCUUGGAACUCUGGAACCGAGAUGAUAAAGGUCUUAAAUGGAACGACUCGCCCUGUUCUUUUGAAACAUUCUUCAUAUGCGAAGUAAGGACGGAUUGACGAUUAAUAAUUUAGUAUUGAAUGUGAUAGCUAGUGUGCUAGAAACCAACUUUUUUUUACACUUUAAUGUUUAAAUUGUUUAAACUUUCUUGAUACAUUAUCUUCAACGAAUUAAAGUUCAACUCACGCUUGAUCUUCCGGUGACGGCGCCUACUAGUUUCAGAUCUAUCAAGGGUCCUUCUUUAGUUGAGUCUUUGAUUCGUUUAUUCUAAUGUUUUUUGUUGUUACAAAUAUAAUUUAAACUAUCACGUAGUUUCUUUGAAAGAAAUACAUUAUAAAUAUGAAACGCUCGGAUAAUUUUUUAACAAACGCUGAUAUAAAACUUGCCUGUUUUAUUUAUGUACACAAAUUGAUAUUUUACGUUUUAUCGAAAUUAUUUAUUCCUUUAAAGUGAUAUUAAGCCACCAACAAAAUAUAUGUAGUAAUAAAUAGUCUUUGUAUAUAUGCAACUUAUUUAUAAACAAGUCUUUAUGUAUUUUCAAUUACAUUUUCGAAACUUUUAUUGUUAAUUUACAUUUUAUUUUUUCUUAAAUAUUAUUUAUAUAGAUUUUUCUGUAUAACAGACUCUUUUUAUGCAAUUUAUAAGAAAACAGUAAUUUUAAAGACAUAGAAUUACUGACAUUAUCAUCCACUAGAUAGGCUAUAAGCCGUGAUAACUUGUGCCUAAUUGAUUUUCGCCAUAUUGACGUCGCUAGUAGUGAUGGAAGCUCGAACUCGAACACAAGGUGUCACGUCCAAGCAUCAGCCGGUUCUGUAUUUAUGUCAGUGCAUAGAAUAAGUUUGAACGAUCACUGCCUAAUGAUCUACUCUUUGUUAACCUCUGAGCCGUUCGGUUCAACGGACAUUGUCGUCCAUAGUCAACGUAGUUGGUAAAUAAACAAUAGUUACCUUAGUGAUAACUGUAAAGAUAGUUUUAAGAAUCAAUAAAGGUUUAAAGUUA